GGGGCCGUUCACCUAUGACGUCCAGGGGGGGGGGGGGGGGGGUGGGGUUAACGAGAAAAGAACAAUAGAAAUUCCUGGAAUUCUAUUGUUCUUUUUUGAAAAAUGACCGUUAAUAUCGGACGUCAUAAGUGAACGAUCCCUAAUGAGAUUCCAGGAAUUUCUAUUGUUCUUUUCUUGUUGACCUUUCCCCCCUCGUUGGACGGUCCCUAACCUGACUUUAUAAUUCAAGAUGACGGCAACAUGAUUUUUGACAAAAGAGAAAUUGCAAAUCUUUUCCAAAAAAAAUUCACUUCAGUUGUAUGCAACACUAAUCAAAUUAAAUUAGAUUAUUUGGGUGAGCCUCUUAUAAAUAGCAUUAUAUUCCAUCCUGUGACGGAGUGUGAAAUAGCUUUUUUAAUGAAUGAUCUGUCUUUGAAGAAAGCUACAAGUAGCGAUGGAAUUCCCGUUAAGGUAUGGAAAGACAAUGUUGACAUUCUAGCUCCAGUUCUAGCACUUCUAAUCAACGACAUGUUUGAAAGUGCAACUUAUCCAGACAUUCUUAAAAUUGCGAAAGUUAAGCCAAUUUUUAAAAAUGGAAGCAAAGUUAACAUUGACAACUAUAGAGGGAUUUCCCUCUUACCCACCAUAAAUAAAGUUAUUGAACGAGUACUGUUUGACAAAAUUGAGAGCUUCAUCUUUAAAAAUAAUCAAAUUGAUGAGAUACAGUUUGGAUUUAGAAGGCACUAUGGAACACAAGAUGCUUUAUGCAAGCUGUACAGCUUAAUUUCAAAAGCACUGGAUAAGAAUAAAUAUGUCGUUGCUGUAUUUCUAGAUAUAUCUAAGGCAUCUGAUAGUAUCAACCAUAAAUUGCUCUUAUAUAAACUAGAGAAAAUGGGAAUCCAUGGAAAAGCACUUGAUUUAAUUAAAAGCUAUCUCACCAACUCUUACGAACCAAGAGCUUAAAAGUCCUAAGUUCAAUCCCAGACCAAAACAUCUAAUUUUCGUAGCUCUUUUUCCAUAGAAUAUGCCUCCUUUGCUAGGUAUACAAGGAUAUACUAGCAUCUGGAUGACUUCCUUACGGCAUCUUGCGCACACGGAUUGUGACUAGGUACAUUGCAGGGUACAUCAGGUCUUAUGACGUACUCGUGUCUUUGCAAUGUACAGAGCUUGCAAGUGGUUCGGAUCCCACUAUAAACUGUAGGUCUAAAGGGUGUGGUACAAUAGAUUCUGUUCUAAUUUGAAUCGCAGUGCCUCCAGCUGAAAGGCUGGGCCCUUCACACAUUAUAUAUAUAUAUGGUCAAAAAAGUAAGGAAAAUUAUUUUUGAGUUUCGAACACUUGAUUGAUUAGCAUGAAUGUCCAGUUAAAGUCUAGUUAACGUAUAGUUCUCUAUAUCGUAUAUAUUUCGACAAGUUAAAAGACUGUUAAAUGAUUGUCCAAUAAUGGACUUUAACUGGCUGUGUCCACCCGGGCUAGUAAUGACGUUGUCUUGUGAAUCUCUUUUUUCCCGCUCAGAACUUGAGUAGAUAAUAAAAAGUUAAAAAAAAAUACAAAAAAAAAAUAAAAUAAAAAUUAAAAUCAAAAAAUUCAGAAACUUUCUUAAAAAUCUCAAUUCAAGUUUACCAAAUUGACUUAUAAAAGUUGAGUUGUUUUUUCAUUGAACUUGUCAGUUAACAAGCAUCCAUUAAAGGAUGCAGUCGUCAGGAAUGUCAAGAAAAAUUUCAGAAUAUUUCAAUGUAAUUCCAAAGGUUCAAAAGUCAGCAAAUUGUAAUGAAAAUGAUAAAAUUUUAAAAAAGUCAUCAGAAAUUCGAGAAUGUCAAGUGAUCAUUAAGGACAUAAAAGGUCAAUUCGGUAUGAAUCUGAAUCUUUUUGAGGAAAUUUCAUUAAAUAAAUCUAAAAAAAUUGAAUUGAUCAAAAAUGGAAGUAAAACCUGCAAGUUUUGUCAAAAAGAAUUUUCGACAAAAUCAAGUUUGAGUACGCAUGUCAAAAAUAAGCAUUUUGAGGAAUUUAAGAUUAUCUUUUGCUCAAUAUGCAGUGAGAAAUUCUUUACGCAGACGUUGUUGGAUCGUCAUAUGAAAAAUAAGCAUCCGGAUGGACAAUUUCAACAAUUUGAAUGUGAUUUUGAUGGAAAAAUCUUUAAGAAAAAAAUGUGUCUUUUUCAGCACAUGCGAGUUCAUCAAAUAGUUGAAUGUAAAAUUUGUAACAAAAAGCUCAAGUAUAAUUCCGCAAAAAGUCAUUUAAAAUUUUUUCAUGAAACUGAAAAAAAUUUUCAAUGCAAAAUUUGUUUAAAAACUUUUAAAAUGCGUCAAAUUUUAAAAAUGCAUGUACAUACUCAUGAUAAGAAGUUUGAGUGUCAAAUCUGCAACAAAAAGUAUUCAAAUAAAUUAAUACUUGAUUAUCAUAUUAAAGAUUAUCAUGACAAUCCAGGCAGAUUCGAAUGUAAAUUGUGUGACAAGAAAUUCAACAUAAAAAUUUGUUUAAUUGUUCAUCAAAAAACACACGACAAGUACCGUCAAAAACCAUUAAAAUGUCAACGAUGUGAUUAUGCAACGGACCUUAAGUCACUUUUAAAGGCUCAUCAAAAAACUCACGAUAUUCGAGAUAAAAAAUUUGCAACUAUGAAAAACCCAAUUAAAUGUGAAAAAUGUCCAUCAUUUCAUCGAAAUUUGAAGUUUUUUAAAAUUCACAUGAAAGUUGUUCAUUCAAAAGUUCCAUUUCAAUGUGAUUUGUGUGCAAAAUUUAUUAAAUCAAAAAGAAAUUUCGUCAAACAUAUCAACAAUCAUAUUCAAAGUUUUAACAAUUGUAAAUAA